UAUGAAUUUUCGGAUGAAAAACAACAGUAUAUUAACCUUUGAUGUUUCACACAACUUCUGCUCGCACGUGUCACCACAAAUCUUUGAAAAUUUUAGAUACCUAAAACAUCUGAAUAUGUCUCACAAUGACUUGGACCAAGACCUGAAAAAGGACACUGAAGGUCAGCUGUUUAAGGAUCUUGAGAGUCUUGAAAUUUUGGAUUUGUCAUUCAACAAAAUGUAUUCGUUACCAAAGCAUAUUCUGAGAACUUCGAAAGGGAUAAAGUACAUUAACGUUCGUAACAACAGAUUAUCUUACUGGGAGGUUAGUGUGAGUGGUAUGUCUAACUUAACAUUGCUUGAUUUAUCUCAAAAUAAAUUGGUAACGCUUGAUGAGAACGCUCGUACUAACAUUGAGAGAGCUUUCAAACAUUCCAAUUUAUCCAUUGAUUUGUCAGAGAAUGUACUACAAUGUUCAUGCGAAAAUGAAGAAUUUCUCACAUGGAUGAGCGAAAACGAACACCAUUUUAUCAACAUCGAUAAUUACACGUGUUCUCCACCAAAGGAUCGAUUUAGUUUUAAAACAUUAAAAAAAUCUGUGAUUUCGUUGUCGAAAUCUUGCAAAUCUUAUUUAGGCUGGUACAUUGGAUGUGCAGUGGCAAUGGCAGUAUUUUGUAGCUUUGUAACAGGUCGGUUGCUUGUCAAGAACAAAUGGAAAAUCCGAUAUAUUGUUUACAAGUCAAAGCAGAAAUUUGGAUGGGUAAAGCAACCAAGUAUACAUGGGUCAACCAGCGUGAAUUACGAACAUGAUAUAUUUCUGUCCUACAGUGGUUGUACAUUGAUGUUUGUACUGAAUGAGGUCAUUCCUCGUCUGGAAGGAGACAGGAAUAUGAAGCUUAUCAUCAGAGAUCGGGACUAUUUGCCAGGAUUUCCAAAAACUGAUAAUAUUAUGCAUAGUCUACAAGAGAGUCGAAAAACUGUUUGCGUUGUGUCCAAAAAAUACUUGGAAUCUAGGUGGCGCGACUAUGAACUGAACAUGGCGAAGAUAGAAGGCAUUGUCGAUCGGGGUUGUUUAGAUUUUGUCAUACUUAUUUUGUUACCGGAAGUGUGGAAUAGCGAUUAUCCUAGUAAAAUCAUGGAUCUGGUGAAGAGAAAUUGUUAUGUUGAAUAUCCGGAAGAACCGUGUGCCUAUGACGAUUUUUGGGAGAAACUGGUCAAUAUGAUUGAAAGCUAAAUUAAUGUCAUUGUAUUGCUUCUGUUUCUGUUUCCGUAUAUAUAUAUUUCUGUC